AUGGAGAAGUGGGAGAGAUCCAAUCGAAUGAGCAUUAUGUUCAUGAAACGCUCAAUUCCUGAGACGUUUUGGGGCUCAAUUACUGAGGAUAAAGAUGCCAAACAGUUCCUGAAAGAUGUUGAAAAAUUCUUUGCUAAGAAUGAAAAGGCGGAGGCAAGUAGCCUUUUGAGCAAACUUGUCUCCAUGAGGUAUAAAGGCGAAGGGAAUCUAAGGGAGUACAUUAUGGAAAUGUCUAAUCUUACUUCUAAAUUGAAAGCACUAAAGUUAGAGUUGCCUGAAGAUUUACUCAUGCAUUUUAUUUUGAUCUCUUUUCUUGCACACUUUGGACAAUUCAAAGUGAGUUAUAACACUUUGAAGGACAUUUGGUCCCUAAAUGAGCUUAUAUCUCACUAUGUGCAAAAAGAAAAGAGAUUGCAGCAAGAUAAGACUGAAAGUGCUCACAUGGUUUCAUCUUCUCAGUAUAAGGAAAAGCGUGAUACUACUGCGGAUCCACCUUCUCAGUAG